AUGAUCGUCGGCUCGCUUUAUCCACCCAACUGCCAGUCACUCAGCGACUCGAUAAUUGGUUCUGUUGUCCUGCGCACAAAUGCCACAUCGCGUCGCGGAGAUCACGGAGCGAUUACUUCCCACACCUCGGCAAGCAGCGAACACGUAGCUGACAUCGAGUCGUCAUCUCCGCCGUCACUACUGACACCAGCUCAAGGAGUGAGUAUCCAACUUUCGGGUAAGAAACGCCGUCAGGAUACAAAAACACCAAGUAUCGAAGCCAUUGGCGAAACCCAAGACGCCGACCAGAGCAGCUACGUGGCUAAAUUGGCUCGUGCCGUUCAGGACCACGAACGGAAUCUGGCCAUGCACCGGGAACGCCGCCGAAAGAAUCAAGUUCGAUACCGGAUGAAGCAGCGUGAGCUGGUGAAGACUUUGGGAGAAGAUGUGCGCAACCUAGAAAGCGAGAUACAAGACCUGGAAGUGCGACGCCAUAACGCCUCUAUUGGUAUCCCAACCCAUCAGACUCUCUGGACUAUCGCAACGGAAUACUUUCUACUCUUCCGACAUGGUUUCCGUUUGCCACCACAAGCUCUUCAAAACGCUGCGUUGAAUUUUCUGCGUGUGUCAAUGGCGCCAGAUGUGGUGAACGGCUGCCAGCGUGGCGUUGAGGCAAUACUCGCGAAGUGGAGACUGUUUUCGGAUUACUUCAACAACGUUCAUGUUGAGCUCGAGAGUCUGGAAAAAUCUGCCUCUCCUUACUCGUUGACUGCAAUCACCAUUACCACGGUCACCAUUUCUAAAGAAGCAAUGCGUGCCGUCUUUCCGCACUUGAAUAGUGACGGGAAAGGAGGUGCCCAUGGAGGCAAUUGGUCGCCUCUGGGUCAAAGGCUGUUGAACCAACGGCUUGUCAUGCGCGGGUCGGUGCGUUUUGACUGGGACAGCGCAUCCGACAGUGUGGUGAGUAUUCAGAGUCAGUCGGACAUGCUGACACCGUUGCUACGCGUGCUAGACUCUUUAGAAGAUGUGAGCCUCGUGUUCGAAGGUGCUCUGGUAGCACCAGAUUGCCGACUAGCUAGUUUUGACUGGUAA